CCACUGCAGCUCGGGUCCAGAAAGGCACCAUUUUGUCGCGGCUGCCCGCUCUCCCAGGGGGAGGAGGGAUCUUUUUUGCAUUUUGGAGCGGCUGCCAACGAGGGGAACCUGUUGGGCAUCUCCCCAGACCCGCUUGUGAGCGCCUCCGGGGAGGGCGGGCGGGAACAGACCCCUCGGGGCACCGCGCAUCUUGGCCACCCGGAGGCAGCGGAGGCAGGCGCAGCAUCCUCGCUGGGAAUUGGAGCUGGAGUGAGCGCACCGCGCGGGAGGAGCCGCCGCAGCCUCGCAGAACCCGAGUGGAGGAGGUGACAGCUCCAUUGCCGGGUUUUUAUUUUUUUUCUCUCCGCCUCCCCGUCUCCUCCUCAGGCUCGGACCAUGGUGCAGUCCCACUGGCUCCCCUGCCCCCCUCUCCUGUGAGACUGGCUGCGGGGAGGGAUCAUGGAUACUUGUCUGCCGGCUUCUGGUUCCCACGCAAGUAAGCCUGCUGUCAAUGGAGGAGGACAUUGAUACCCGCAAAAUCAACAACAGUUUCCUGCGCGACCACAGCUAUGCGACCGAAGGAGCCAAGGGAGAACCCAAGACAGAGAAUAGUGGCACAAUAACGAAGCAUGAAUUAUCCAGAUGAAAACACCUAUGGAAAUAAAGCUGACAUUAUCUCUACGGUAGAAUUCAACCACACGGGAGAAUUACUAGCGACAGGGGACAAGGGGGGUCGGGUUGUAAUAUUUCAACGAGAGCAGGAGAGUAAAAAUCAGGUUCAUCGUAGGGGUGAAUACAAUGUUUAUAGCACAUUCCAGAGCCAUGAACCCGAGUUCGAUUACCUGAAGAGUUUAGAAAUAGAAGAAAAAAUCAAUAAAAUAAGAUGGCUCCCCCAGCAGAAUGCAGCUUACUUUCUUCUGUCUACUAAUGAUAAAACUGUGAAGCUGUGGAAGGUCAGCGAGCGUGACAAGAGGCCAGAAGGCUACAAUCUGAAAGAUGAGGAGGGCCGGCUCCGGGAUCCUGCCACCAUCACAACCCUGCGGGUGCCUGUCCUGAGACCCAUGGACCUGAUGGUGGAGGCCACCCCACGAAGAGUAUUUGCCAACGCACACACAUAUCACAUCAACUCCAUAUCCGUCAACAGCGACUAUGAAACCUACAUGUCCGCUGAUGACCUGAGGAUUAACCUAUGGAACUUUGAAAUAACCAAUCAAAGUUUUAAUAUCGUGGACAUUAAGCCAGCCAACAUGGAGGAGCUCACGGAGGUGAUCACAGCAGCCGAGUUCCACCCCCAUCAUUGCAACACCUUCGUGUAUAGCAGCAGCAAAGGGACAAUCCGGCUGUGUGACAUGCGGGCAUCUGCCCUGUGUGACAGGCACACCAAAUUUUUUGAAGAGCCGGAAGAUCCAAGCAACAGAUCAUUUUUCUCUGAAAUUAUCUCUUCGAUUUCGGAUGUGAAGUUCAGCCACAGUGGGAGGUAUAUCAUGACCAGGGACUAUUUGACCGUUAAAGUCUGGGAUCUCAACAUGGAAAACCGCCCCAUCGAGACUUACCAGGUUCAUGACUACCUCCGCAGCAAGCUGUGUUCCCUCUAUGAAAAUGACUGCAUUUUUGAUAAAUUUGAGUGUGUGUGGAAUGGGUCAGACAGUGUCAUCAUGACGGGCUCCUACAACAACUUCUUCAGGAUGUUCGACAGAAACACCAAGCGUGAUGUGACCCUUGAGGCUUCGAGGGAAAACAGCAAGCCCCGGGCUAUCCUCAAACCCCGAAAAGUGUGUGUGGGGGGCAAGCGGAGAAAAGACGAGAUCAGUGUCGACAGUCUGGACUUUAGCAAAAAGAUCUUGCAUACAGCUUGGCAUCCUUCAGAAAAUAUUAUAGCAGUGGCGGCUACAAAUAACCUAUAUAUAUUCCAGGACAAGGUUAACUAGGUGGACAAGUUAUUACUUAAUAAUCUCACAUACUGAAUACUAGUCAAACAAGUUUUUAAAUGUUUCUUUGGGUCUUCAUUUGAUGCAUUGAUUUUAAUUUCUCUAUGCAGGAAAUGAUUGGAAUAGAAUUAAAAGGAGUCCAACAUUCCCAGCUCCCCAGUUCUAAGAAACUUUUGUCAAACCCAAUAGGUUUGGGACACUUCUGUUUAGAAUUGAAAGCUGCCAGCUAACAGUAAUUUUUCCAUAGUUGACUUGAACUUCUGAUGCUUUUAUUGCCCAGUUUUCUCUGGUGGGUCCAGUGUUUUGUUCCUAGGUGUCUGCUGCGAUAAAAUGAGGUUGUCUGUAGUAUUUAAGGAGAAAAGAGAUAAGUUUUUUUUAAUUAAGCAAUUCCAUUUGAUUGAAAAAAAAUCAAGAAAAAAUAAACACCGUUUACUCUUA